GUAGCGAUUCAGCUGAGUUCCGCUCCAGAGCUGCGUAAUGUUCAACUCGGUCUCAAUGUGAAGUAUGAUGCCAGGGAAAGGCUCCAGGUACACAAUGUUGACUACUCAAGUAUUGCUGCUGUUCAUCUUCGUCCCGGUGAUAUCAUACGCGAGGUGGACGACAAACCUGUAGCCAGCAAAACUAUGCUAAAGUAUUACGUCUCCGAAAGCAUCUCAAAGAAUCGUCGGAUAUGUUUUCUUAUUGAGUGUCCAGCUGGAGAGGCUUAUCGUGAGUGCUACGACAUGGCGCCCGAUGUCACAGAGAUCGCUUUAAAGCAGAUUGAACGCUUCAAGAAAACAGUCAAUCAAAUGCCUGCCGUCAGCGCUUAUUCAAGCGCACACUCGAAGAAAAGUGUGGAAAUAGCAGCGGACUUCGAUCCUACGAAGCUACGCCCGUGCAAAAACGCUAAAUAG